UUUUCUCUCUCGCUCUCUCUCCUUCUCUUCUUUCCUCCUUUAUCCUUCUCAAUUUUUUUUUUCUCUCUCCCUCAUCGCUGAGAUGAGACCCAUCUCGUUCAACAGCCUCGUUCAAUAGCCUCUCUCUCACCAAAAAGUAAGGCUUGAGAUUGUGGCUUCCUCUGCGUCAUCUUCAGCAUUCUCAGCCCUCUCUUCUCUGUUCCAAGCACUCACAGAGUCACAGGAGACGCGCUUAGUGAGGUUUCGGCAUUUGUGCAAGAUUAGAACAAGCGCUUCGUCUCAAAUACUUUGUAGAUCUAUGGUGAAUCGAAGAUCUUGUUAGACAGCCAAAUAUGAACUCGUCGGAGCUCUCCAGUUCUCGAUCCACACGCGAAUCUCAACUUCUCAAUCUCCUUUUCCAUUGAAUUUGCUCUCCAAGCUUGUUCUCCGCCCAUCACCAGAUUUUGCUGUCACGUCAACCCUAAAAGGUGUCCUACCACAUAAAAUUAUGCAAUGCACUGCAGGGGCACAACCAACAACUUUUAGAAAGCCAGGGCAGCACACAAUACCCCAAAUUAACACAACUUUGUUUAGGAUGGACCCUUUCAUUUUGCUGCUACCUGCCAUUUUACUUCUAAUGAAGCCAAGGACUUGAACUAAAGCAUGCGAAUUUGUAAGGCACGGCGGCGAAGCUUUACGAUCCCAAAUGACCUCGUUGAGGACAUACUUUCAAGACUACCAGUGAAGUCUCUCAUGCGAUUCAAGUGCGUAUCCAAAGCAUGGCACACUUUGAUCAGUAGUCGCCAAUUCGCUAAAUCCCAUUUUCAGAGAGCAUCUCAAAACCCCAGCUGCAUGAACGUCCUUGUUUUUACUGACAAUUGUGUCUUAUCGUUAGGUUAUGAAGCACUAUUUCAAACCUGUGUUCAUGGUCAACCAGUUGAUGUUGAUUUUCAAGGUUUUCCAUUGUGGGGUGAAGAAUUUGUUGAGACAAACUUGGCUUCUUGCAAUGGCUUGGUAUGUAUUGAAUUAUAUAAUAGGCGCAAACGUACAUCUGAAUAUUUGGUUUGGAACCCAUCUACCAAAAGUCACAAAAACAUACCAAGACCAACAUCAACACCUGAUUCAAUGUCUUGUUGGUUUUACCGUUUUGGUUUUGGCUAUGAUUAUUCCACUGAUGAUCAUAAGAUAGUAAGGCCCUACCAGAUUUUCCCUUUUGAUAUAAAAAGGAUUGAGAUCUUUUCAAUCAAGACCUUUACUUGGAAGACAAUUCUGGUGGAUGUGGACAAUAUUUAUAACUGCAGUCUUCCAUUGACCCCAAAGACUACCUACUGCAAUGGGGCAAUUUAUUGGAGUGCUAUGAAAUAUGGGAAGCCGUCAAUCAUUUAUUUUGACUUAGCAGAGGAGAUAUUUCAUGAGCUGCCAUGGCCAGAAUCUGUUUUGUAUUGCGUAAGAGACGGGUCAUCAGGAAAAUGUUUCUAUACAACAGGUUUAUGGGAGUUGGGGACUUUUGGAGAACACCUGUGUCUAUCUGUGUGCACCGGCGAAUCCCGCAAAAACUUGUGUGUUCAGCUAUGGGUGAUGAAGGAAUCUUGGACUAGAUUGGCGACCAUUCCAUAUUUGGGCACUUGUUUGAGGCCUAUGUGCGCGUCAAAGAAUGGUGAAAAGGUUUUAAUGCGGGAGACUCAAGUUAAAAGUGUUGGAAUAACCGGAGAAUGCUAUUACAAAUUGGUAGAAUGGAAUUUGACAGAUCACACCUGUACAAGUAUAUUAUGUGAUCCCAAUCCAAGAAUGGAGGCAGCUACAUAUGUGGAAAGCCUUUAUCUGCAAUGAUCGGCUUGAUGUGGGCGGCUAUAAGAGCUAGAAAACUGAUCAGAUUUCGAGGAAUAACAAGUUUAGGGGCUUUUGCUAAUUGUUGUCCACAUAAGGUUAGUUUAAGAAUUUUGGAACAAGAUCAAACUCCUAGUAUUUUGCACUUUCAUUGUUUAGUAUUUUAUGCACCUGAUGUUUUGGAGUUUCGUUUUCAUACUUUACAAAUUUUUGGCAUUUGAAUUAUUGAGGUUAGUUUUGAAUUUUUUUACGUAAUAUUUCUUUGAGGAUAGUCACCAUUCUGUAGGAAGGCUUUGCAAACUUGUAAGAUGAAAAUUUUAUAAGGAUGUGACCGUUGUUGUCUGCCUAUUAUCUCAUUAUCUGUUGUGUUGAAGGCAUCACAGAACGUAGAUCUAUUUCUCGACCAGAUUGAUCUACCCUUUGUCAAAGGGCCUUUGAUAUCUACAAUGGUGUAAAACUUUCAUUUCCCAAUGAAGCAAGAUACAUAACGGGGCAUUGGCCUUAAACUUUGUAAUUUAUAGUUUCUAACUUAUAAUUCAUGUAUAAUUUGUUGCUAUAUGUGAAGUUAAAAUGGCGCAUUGCCUUUAUCC